GUUAUGGUGAAGUAGGACGUGUUGUUUGUGACGGAAAGCCUGAGACCCGAAACAAGGGCGACGAGGAACUAAACCGGGAUUCAACCAGGAGAGGAAAUAAACCGGAGACGAAGCAAUCUGACACAACUAGGAGAGGAAAUAAACCAGGGAGGGCACCAGAACGGAUCGGGAAGCCGGGGCAUGGCGGCCGACUUCAGUGAGCUCAUGAACGUCGCGGGCUGCGAGAUUGGCAGCGGGUCCUGGGACCGGGAUUGGGAAUCAUUGCUGUUUGAAGAGCUGAAUGAUUCCAGUAACAUGUUUGAAGCUUUGAAGAACAAUCCAUUUGAUAGUGACAUGGAGGUUGAUUUUAGUUUGGAAUUCACACCCUGGGAUUAUGAUCCUUGGGGACCAACAUGCAGCUCAUCUCCAGAUAUUCCCUCUUCCAGUGAUUCAAGUUAUGGACAAACAACAUCUGAGCCUCUGUCUCCAGCUUCAAACUCUUCGGUACAUUCUCCUGCAGAUUCAUUAUUACAACAUGAAGAUCUUCUCUGCUUUUCACCACAGUCCUCUCCAAUCUCAGCAUCUAGUACAAGCAGUGAAUGUUCUAACACAGCAGAAGAGUUAAAAGUGAAGCAUUUGCCUGAAGUAAAACCUCAAGUAAAUGUUCCUUCAAAUGUAUCAAAGCAGAAGCCAAUUCAACCAAAGCCCAUCUUUAUUCCGGCAUUACCAGUUUCACAGCCAAGUCCAGGGCUAACUGGGAAAACCAUUAUAAUUAAACCAGUUCAAACAGUCAUGUCCAUUCAAAAGCAGAAGCCAAUUAGAAUCUGUCCUGCUCCUACUGGUCACCCUGUAGUGGUUUCUCAGCCUCCAGUGGUGCAGCUUCAGCCACAAGUUGUUCUUAAUUCCCACCCCAUUAUAAAUGUGGAUGGAGGAACCAGUACGAUGGGUGCAGUACCAGUGAGAAUACUGACAAAUAACAACAGCUGCAUUAUGAAUGAAAAAUCUCCAUUGACAAAAACAGUUAUUUCAGCAUCCACACAUAGUGAUAAGAAGCAAGAUGUAAGUGCACUAAGACGACAAGAAAGAAUGAUUAAGAAUCGUGAAUCAGCAUGUCUUUCCCGAAGAAAGAAGAAGGAAUAUCUACUGAAUCUGGAGCACAGACUGAGGUCUGCACUUGUUGAAAAUGCCAAGCUUAAGAAUGAAAAUGGUUCUCUUCAAAAACAGCUCCAAGAGUUGAUGUCCGAGAAUCAGCAAUUAAAAGUUUCUGCUCCAAGAAGAAGAGCUGCAUGUGUCAUGGCAUUGUUGGUGUUCAUAGCAUUCAGUUAUGGUCCUGCAAGCAUAUGGGAGAGAGACUCCGGUGCUCUGCAGACUACCGUCAGAUCUGCCAUCCACAACAGACAUCUAUUGGGAUUUUCUGAUGAAAAUGAUGCUGGAGUUGAUCAGGAAACACUUACUGAAGGCAGCAGUUACAGAAAUGGAAUUUCAUUUUCGGAAAAGAAGGAUCUAAUGGUGGUAAAGAAGGAGCCUCUUCUCUUUGUCCAACAAGCAUGUCAACCUCAAGUCAAUAAGACUGAGUCACUUCGGCUUGCUGAUGAACUUCGUGGGUGGGUCCAUCGACAUGAAGUAGUCAGAGACAAGUUGAGGAAAGGAUAUAAGAUGCUUCAUAAGUUGAAGACUGUACCGAAACAUGUGGAGGAGAAGACUGAUGUAGCCCAUUAUGUUACAAGGAAGUACAUAGAGGUCGAUGAGAAAAACUCAGGGAAUGAAUUGCAAGUUUAUUAUGUGCCAGACAGACAUUAUCCAAGCUUCUUUGAAGCCAUCCGUAGGAAAGGAGAUACAUUUUAUCUGAUAUCAUUUCGGAGGGAUCAUUUUUUGCUACCAGCUAUCAGCCAUAACAAGACAACCAGACCAAAAAUGUCUCUUGUUUUACCAGCAAUGAACAUUGAUGAGCAGUUUAUCAAUGAGCCCAAGGAUCAUGAGGUAAUGAUGCAGAUUGAUUGUGAAGUAAUGGCCACCAGAGUCAUUCACAUCAAGACAUCAUUGAUACCUGCCUUUCUACGAGAACAGCAGGAAAACCGCACGGCAGCAUAUCAACAGCCAGCACCAGCACCAGCACCAGCACCACCUCACACUGCACCACCUAUCAUCACAGAGUCUGCCCAAGGGACUGAGUUCAACAUUUACCAGUAGUGUGGUACUCACCUGAGAACAUUGUGCUGUAAACCACUGCACUGCAGGUGAAUGUACACUGACUCUGCGGGUCACUGUUUCCAAGGACUCAUUCAGUGCAUUUGAAAAUAAGAUGAUUGGAUAGAAGUUUUUCUUCAACUUAAUUUAAUGUAAAUUCAGAUCAAACUAAUUUGAAACUAACUCUCUAUGAUUCUGGCCUGUUUAAAACCUUGUUUAGAAUAGAUUUUACUGGUGAAUUGUUGCAGCCAUGGGCUUUGAAAGGUGAAAUGCUUUGAGGGAAUCAAAAAAGGUAAAAGCAAUAGGCUGAAGCAUCUUUAAUCUUUACAAAAAAAAGCCAUUACCACAGUAAGCACAUGUUCACCAUGAAAUUUUGGUUUUGAAAUGUGCUUUAUAACCAAAACUGUUGCGUAAAAUGGAUGUUCAUAUCAGUGCUCAAAAAAUAAUUCAAUUGAAAUAAACUUCUAAUAGAUAGUUAUUUUUGGGUAAACCUACCUCUCACUGAGCCAAAAUUUCAAGUCACAAGAGCCUUUUUCUCUUUGAGCUAUAAAACCUAUUGCUUUUACCGACGGGAAACUUGGUGGUUGUACAGUUUUGAUUUGUUGCAGGUGUCUUGUUAAUUUUUGCUGGGUGAGUGUUUUCCUGAAGAUGUUACCCACUGACACCAUCGGGCUAUGCAUUUUUUCGUGCAUACCAGAACUGUGGAUCAUUCAAGAAUUUUGCUUAAUAAUCUGCAUAAACUCAUUGAUUAAAUAACAACUCACUUCACAGUUGUGAGGGUGAAACAAACUUCUGGAAAGUGUAUUCAUAUAUAAAUAUAUUAUUUCUCCUUAAUCUCAUCAAUGACCAUUAUCAUGAGCUUGGUCUCUGCAGGCCUUGUUACCUUGUCUGAUGUAAUUGAGCUUGUUUUUCACAUUCGGGUCUGUACACAAAGUACAAGCUGUUUGGCAGUUGUGGUCUAUCGUAAGCUCCUUUCUGCAUAAUGUAAUGUUUCAUUACCGGGUAUUUUAUUGGAUUUGUGAUCGUGGGCAUAGAUCAUACUAGCUAAUUUCUGACCUCUGGAUCCUGGCAGUGAUGAAACAAUGUAGUCACUAUUCAUCACUAUUUGGCUCAUCACUGACCAGAAAUCAAAUCUAGGCUAUUAUGGCUGUGCACAGUGAAUAUUUUAGUGGAUUCUUGGUCAUCGCAUUGUGGAUCUAGGUCAACCAUUUACUUUGGUGUUCAGACUUGACUACUCUUCGGUGUUCCUUCUGCAAUCAAUGACUGAGACCGCAAUUAUUUGUGAAUUAUUCCAGUUCACUGGAAUUUAGCUACAUUGUGAUCAGGCACCAGGGAUGUUUGAAAGAGAAUCACUGUUUGUGCAGAGUUGAAAACGACCGUGUGCUGAACAGUGGCCAGAACUUCCAAUCAUCAAAUUUGGCCGGUCUCAUUCCAGUGUGAGGGAACACCAAUAAGGAUAACGUGCUACUAUUGAAGCCAUAGGAUCUCACCGUUUAUUUUAGAGGUGAAGGCCACAUCAUUUGCAACUGUCUCCAGGCUUGUUAAAAUAGUAGCCUGUGCUACAUUAAGGAUUUGUUCUUUGUCCCUUACAGUUCAUGACUGUAAGUUAUUUUAAAGAAUGCGCUUCUGUUUUCAAUGUUCCUACUCUCUUCGUUUAUAUAAUUUAUUUUGUGAUAUUAGUUAUUUUUUGUUACUUCUGGAAAAUUGUGAAAUUGCAAACAUUUCUGUAUGCCAAUAAAUUUGUUAUUUAUCUUCUCUAUUUAUUUAUCUGUCUUGCUGUUCUAUGGUAAUUCUUUGGACACUUGUACGAAUAAUGCAUCUGUUAUAACUCUUCUAUGACUCUUUCAGCUUCUCUUUUAGUUUUGGCAGAUGUAAUAUGAGUAGACUCUCGCUCAGUGUAUUGCAGCUUCCCACUUUGAUUAAUUGUAUGUAGUCCAUAGAACAAACUCAAUUGUACUAGAGUGUUUGAAGUGAGGAAAAAAUGAAUUUCUCCUGAUUUUACUGGUCAUAGCUUCAGCUCUGAGUAAGUGAUUUCAAACAAUGAGUAAUUAUAUUAUUUAAGAAGUAAGUUAUAAAUAUUCCAUAUACUUUCUAAUCUGAGCCAC